GCAUAAUAAAGCAGUGAAGAGGAACUGGGGGAAGGAAGUAUUACAUGUCUUACUGAUCAGAAAACUGCCUCUGAAAUAUCUGGACAAACUACAUAUAUAUGUAGCAAAAUCUGAAAAGGUUGAAAGUGUGUGGAGAGCAUGGGUUACGAUAUUGAGCGUUUUGUUGGCUACGUCAAUGAAGGGCUGUUAUGCUCCAUCUGCCGCGAUGUGUUAGAAGAUCCAUUACAGGCUCCUUGUGAACAUGCUUUUUGUACUGCUUGUAUACAUGGAUGGCUUGUUCAUCACAGUAACUGCCCUGAAGACAGACAGAUGAUUGAUGUGUCUUUGCUACGGCCUCUCUACAGAUACAUGAGAAAUGAUUUAAACCGUCUUCAGCUACAUUGCAAAAACAGGGAGUAUGGCUGUCAGAUGGUUUGUUCUCUGGAGUCUAUAGACAGGCAUGAAAGGGAGUGUGAAUACAGUCAAAUACCUUGCUCCAAUGCCGGCUGUACAGUUCAAGUUGAACGACGUAACUUAGACGGUCACCUGGCAGUGUGUGAAUAUCGGAGCCGUGAAUGCCCCAAUGGCUGUGGCUACACCAUUCUCAGUGUGGAAGACACACAGCAUAAUUGUGUGGCAGAGCUAAGAACCGAGCUAGAACUACUUCGGUCAGAAAUGAUCUGCAGAGUGGAGGAGGCAAAGCAUGAGAUGGAGUCAAGGUUAGAUUCACAGAGGAGGCAUAUGGUCCAAAAAGAGAGUAUUCUGCAAAAUGAAAUUGAAGAACUCAAGAGUCAGAUGUCACGAGUGAUGUCAGAUGUUCGCUCCCUGAUGGCUGCAGAGAGACAACACCGUCAGGAACUGGAGCAGGCAGAGCUGGAAAAACGGGAAUUAAUGGAGCUGCUGAGGGGGCUGCAGAAGGACUGUCGCUUAACCACUGCAGAAGGAAGCAGGAAGCCGACAAACUUCCGCCCUCUAACACGACUAGAAAGCGUGAAACGAAAACCUAGGGAAGUUACAGUUAUCUAAAUAGAAGCUAAUACACACUGAAGAGACUAAUACCAAAGCCUGAGGUAAUAGAGUCACCCAGAACCUUUUAAAUACUUGUGUAAGUAACUUGGAGUUUGUGGGAGGGGGUCUGCAUUUGAUUUAAAAAUUUGAAGUUUUUAUAUGUGCAAGUAUCAGCUAUUUCUACAGGGUCCUUAAAGCUGAAGACCAGCCUGUUUGGUACUCGGUAUCUUUAAAGCCUGUAUAAAUAGGAGUAUCCUUAAUUUUCUUCUGGCAGGUUUAAGGCUACUUGAACUUUAGUGUCCACAACAGACAAACAUUUGUACAGUCACUUGGACUUCACGUGUCUGUUAGUAUUCAAGUUUGCAGUUGUGUAAGACCCAUGAAUACUGAAUCACAGGGGCAUUUAUCUGUAAGGACUGCAUGAGAAAUCUGUAUAGUUCAUUGACUUUUCUCUAAACUUCUCACCCAACCUGUUCACAUGGGUUUCACUGGUAUAACUAAGCCAUAGUCUGUCCAUUGCAGCUCUCCAGUGGAGUCACUUAGGGAAGAACCUGGCUGCUGUUUACCGAAUGUGUGAAAUCAGCUUUGAACUUUCAGGAUAAUGCGUGCAGGUGCAGCAAUCUGAAUAAGCUAAUUUUAUAGUUUAGAAAGCAAAUAAAUGACUGUUCAUGCCUUGCUGUCACUCAGAGCAACGCUUUUAUGGCUAACAGCAUAACCAAAGAGAGAGGCAACAGUCUUCUGUAGCACAUACGCUACAUUAUAAAGACUUGCAGUCACAGCUGUCUGAUUUCAGGCAUCAGUAAAUCCUUCUAACUUGCUGUUUCUGUAGUACCACUGAAGCAGAUGUGCACAUGUUCAGAUCUUGUGCAUUUAAAAACUGACAGAAAUAACUCUUCUGUAAAUGUUUUGGGUUUCUUUUUCUGCAAGAGAACAUUCAUAGCAAGAGUUAUGUCCAAAUAUUUACUUGUUUUCAGUCCUUAUAUUGUAGAUGAAAUUACAUUCAUUGCCAGUAUUUAGAUCACUGUAGCAGUCUCACUAACUCGUGACAUGGCACAUCUCUUAAGCAACCAUAUUAACAAUCUGAACCAGUAAAACAAUAGGUGUAAUUUCGGAAGACUUGCAUUCACACUAAACAUUCAGUGGUCAAUUCAUUCACAUCAGUGUGUGUAUUAAAGCUGUAGGUGGAAAGUAAGAAUGAGUUUAUUACCUUGUGUUCUAAAUAAGGUAGCUGUUGGUGUCUGUUGUCUGUGUGGCUCUAUUUCAGCAUCCACUCUAAUUUUGAAGCUUCUUGGCAACACCAGAUUUCAUGCUGUUAGAAUCAAUCAGUGCUUUUUUCCUGUAACUGUGUGGUUCUAUCGUGUGAAUUUAUCUCCUUUGCUUAACAUAAAAGAAAAAAAAAUACUUCAAAAUCCUGUAGAAUUCAGAUGAACUGGAUCGUCUUUCCCAGGUUGGAGGGCAGUAACCCAAUCUUUCUGUUCUGACCACACAAAAAAGCAAGUUAUUAGCUCUACCCUUUCUCCAUAACUAGAUCUCUGCAUUUGUCUGCUUUAGGCGUUUCAUCCACU